CCUCCGCACGCGGGAGCGCGCGGACAGGAACCGUCAGAACAUGAAGGAAGAAGAAGAAGAUGCGGCUUGACUCAGAGAUGGACCACUUGGCUCUGUUCACAGCUCUGGAUAAGGUCUGUGAGGAGAACAUCUGCGUCCUGAGCGGCCCGUCCGAGUCGCCGUACGGCACCGUGACCAAGCGCCUGGUGGCGUGUAUGAGGAAGAUUCGCCAACAUGGCCGCGCUCUGGAGCCGCUGGUGGCCAGCUUCACCGCCGUCUACCAUCACUACGACUUCGAUGCCCAGACACCUGGAAACGGAUACCGAACGCUGGUCAAGGUGUUGCAGUCCUGCCUGGAGCACAUCAUCCAUAAAGGUCGCUACAUCGCCUCCAACUGCAGAGGAGCCUUCUUCAGGGCGGAGCACAACGCCACCGAGAUAGAGGAGUACUGCAGCGCCCUCUGCCAGCUGCGGGCGCUGCUGCACCUCGCCCAGCGGCUCAUCCACGACAACGCCCACGGGCAGCUGUACUUGGCGCAGGACGGCGACCUGAGCGACCGCUUCGUUCAGGAGUACAGCUCCAUGCACAAGGCCUGCUUCUACGGACGCUGCCUGGGCUUCCAGUACUCUCCUGCCCUGCGACCUUUCCUCCAGACCAUCGUCAUCAGCAUGGUUUCCUACGGAGAGAUCUACGGCAGACAGCAGUCUGGCAUCGGAACGGCCGCUCUGUCCGUCCUCACCUCAGGGAAGUACGUCAUCGACCCAGAGCUGCGAGGCGCCGAGUUCGAACGCAUCACCCAGAAUCUGGACUUGCACUUCUGGAAGUCCUUCUGGAACAUCACAGAGUCCAACAUUUUAUCAGGCUUCACUCGGAUCACCUCCAACCCGGUUCAGGUCAACCUCACGCUGACGGUGCCUCCAGAAAGCCUGCGGCUCCCUCUGGCCUCCGACCCCACGCUGUCCACCAGCGUGUCGCCUCCCGUGGCCCACUGGGGCCCGGGGCCGGUCCACAUGAGGCUGAUCUCCUACGACCUGCGGGUCGGCCAGGACAGCGAGGAGCUGCUGGAGUUUUCCGCGGGUGACGUGGCGCCCAUCGCCUCGCCCCGUCUGCCAUGGGUGCACAGGAAGCCGCCGUCGCCAUGGCUACUCAUCCACUUCCACGGAGGCGGCUUCGUCGCCCAGACGUCCCGUUCCCACGAGAAUUACCUCCGUAACUGGUCGAAGGAGCUGAGCGUCCCGAUCCUGUCCGUCGACUACUCUCUGUCGCCCGAAGCUCCGUUUCCUCGGGCGCUGGAGGAAUGUUUCUACGCCUACUGCUGGGCGCUGAAACACUGCCACCUGCUGGGUUCUACGGCGGACCGGGUCUGCCUGGCCGGGGACAGCGCCGGGGGAAACCUCUGCAUCACCGUCUCCAUGCGGGCGCUGACCGCCGGCAUCCGCGUCCCCGACGGCAUCAUGGCCGCCUACCCCGCCACCCUGCUCACCACCGACGCCUCGCCCUCCCGCCUGCUCACGCUCAUCGACCCCCUGCUGCCUCUGAGCGUCCUCGCCAGGUGCAUCCACGCCUACGCAGAAAAACCCAAGCGUCUGAUUGGCCAGCUAAUUGAACGUUCGUUUGCAGCCAUUUUGACAGGUUCGGACUUCCAGACGGUCCAGCCUGCAGAGCGGCGCGGCAGCCUGAGCGCUCUGGGCCGGGACACGGUCCUGCUGCUCAGCGACCUCACCCAGGGAGCCUCCAGCUGGAUCCAGUCCUUUCUGGACCCGGCCCGGUCCACGCCGCGCCAAGGCGCCGACCACCGCCGGGCGUCGGCCGGCGCCCCCAGGCCCGCCGCCCCCAGGCCCGCCGCUCCUGACAUCCUUCACUACCCGGACGGCUUUGAGCCGCUGCGGUCCGAAUGCCUCGCCUACGUCCUGCCCACGUCCUGCCCCGUCAUCAGAAACCCGUUUGUGUCUCCUCUGCUGGCGCCGCCCGACCUGCUGAAGGGCCUACCGCCGGUUCACCUCGUGGCGUCGGCGCUGGACGCCUUGCUGGACGAUUCGGUGAUGUUUGCGAAGAAGCUGCGUGCGAUGGGCCAGCCGGUGACCUUGACGGUGGUGGACGACCUUCCUCACGGCUUCCUCAGCCUGGUGCAGAUCUGCAAGGAGACGCAGUUCGCCUGCGACAUCUGCGUGUCAAAGAUCCGGACAGUCUUCCAGCCAGACGGCGCCACGCCGCCGCCGCAGACUUAGCGCUGCGUUGUCGGGUCGGUUCUUCCAUCACUGGAAGUAAAACGGCACUUUAAACCUGAACUGCACAGCAAAACUGGAUCCGAGUGACGGGUUCCAGGUUCUGAUUAGAGGAAAAUUCAAAACCGCUGGAGAAAUUCUGUCCUCAGGUCCUGAAACACUCCUAAAGUAAAAACUAAUUCUCCUGUGAAGGUUCUGAUUCUGACCCGCCGUGCCUUUAGCAGAACCUCCUGCUCCUCCUCCAGCAUCCAGCAGGAAACAGGAAGUUCCUUCCACAUGAACUGUGUUGUUAUUAAUAUAGUUUGUUUGGACCCAACAUGUAAUUUGAUGUUUACAGCUGUUUGUGAAGAGAACAAACUGCAGAGUGCAAUAAACCAGAACUAGCAGAA